AUGGCUGCGAUCACGUGGGUGCAGGACCAUUGUUCGGCGAAUCCCGAGUCUCGGCUCAUCGUUCACGACGACGUCCUCAACGCGUCGAGUAUCCUCUGGCCGCGCGCAAUGCCACCUGGGACGCCUUAUAACUCAUUUUUAGUUGAGUACCCUACCAUACGCGUCGAUGAAUUCACGACACCAAAGGACGACCGACGGGCUCAGCUUUACCUGCUCACCCACACCCAUUCGGACCAUAUCGUAGGGCUCCAAGCCAAGGGAUUUGCAGAAACGGUCUACUGUUCACACGACUCGAAGGAAAUGCUGCUAAGGCAUGAAGUGUACAAGGAGCGUGCUCUCUACGGCACCGAGCUACGUGCAGAGAAAUUGAGAACCUACGGUCAUUUGAAAAUCGAUCCUCUGGUUGGCGAGGAUGGCGAGGUGUACUACCAAGGCUCCAGAGAUUUUCUGAAAGUUCUGCCCAUUAACAGCCCUGUUGAUAUUGAGCUUGAUGCCGAAAAUUCGGUAACUGUUACUGCAAUCGAUGCAAAUCAUUGUCCGGGCUCGGUUAUGUAUCUCAUCGAAGGCACAAAAGGAGCCGUUCUUCACACAGGAGAUCUUCGUGCAGAACCCUGGUUUCUGGAAUCUCUGAAGCGCAAUCCGUUUCUGCAGCCCUAUCUUUCAACUUCUUGGGGCAACAGGAGCAGCGUGAUUAAGCCCCUAGAGGCAAUAUAUCUCGACACGGCCUGUGUAAUGAAUAUUGAAGAGGUUCCCACCAAAGAAGAUGCCGUGGAUGGUCUCGUCGCUCUCAUGCAGCUGAUACCAGAGUCGACCCACUUUUUUAUCAAUUCCUGGACUUGGGGCUAUGAGGACGCCUUGAAGGCUAUCGCUCGUGCAUUUGAUUCCCGUAUCCAUAUGGACCGGUACAAACAUGCUAUCUAUUCGCAUCUGGCAAACGAGCCCCUUCUGCGGUCGAUUGGCACGCGUGAUGCGGGAUCGACCCGUUUCCAUGCAUGCGAACGAUUCGAACGGUGUGAAUACGUAGAUGUCCCUGCUAAUCGUCCCCAUGCCACAAGCACCAAUGGGAACCUGGUGGUAUACAUCAACCCUGUGAGCACGAUGAACAAGGGGCAAUGGUCAGCGUAUCAGCAUAAUACCAGGCUGCGCAUCAUUGAGCAAGCGGAAUCUAUAACUUGUCUACUAGUCCCUCUCGCUCGUCACUCACCUCUGCCCGAGCUACAGCGAUUUGUUUCCCUUUUUCGCCCAAAGACCAUCAUUCCGAACACCCUUGAUCCUUUCCUUCACGGUCUUGACUGGACUGGAAUUCGCACCGUCUUCUCCAGCUGUCUUUCUAGCUGCGAGUCUCCGACACCUGCAGUUAAUGAUGACAUACGUCCUCUGAGCGACCUGUCCCAUGACGAAGACGGAAUUGAUGUUGCUCAUAAGAACUUGGUGGGGGACCAAGCAGAAGAGACUGCGAACAAAUGGGCGGAUGGUCGGGGGAAGCGACGGAAAUUGGAGGUGCUGAGGUCGUGGCUGGGACUGCCACCUUUGCACAUACUGAGCUCUAUAAACAUGGAAGAAGAAUCUCGGGGCUAUGAUUCCAGCUCCGAUGCAGACGAUGAGCGAGGCAAGACUGCUCAUCGUCUUUUUGCGCAUCAAGCGGGAGUCCCGUUGGUGGAGUCCCAGGCCGACUCUUCACCCCUACCUCCGUCAUCACCACCAGAACCGAUAGCGCGACUCACCCUACCACACCGUUUGCGACUUACCCAGCUUCCUUCUCAUAGCACAUCCCUGACUGCGGUCAAGUAUGUACUCGAUCCGUCUCCGUUGUCUGCAGAACGGCCAGCCAAAAGGCCAAAACUCGAGAAACCGAAAGCCCAAUCACCUAUACCUCGGCGUCCAACGUCGCCUCCAAUAGCGUCAUCCUCUCGUUUACCUCCUUCAAGGCCCAUUUACACCUUCCGCGGAAGGAAGGCUGCACUGGAUGAUCCUUCUGAUAAUGAUUCGGAUGAUUCAGCAGAUGAACGUGGACGGACGGCUCAUUUGCUGUUUGGAGGAGGUAAUAUGAAAUGGGACGACGACGACGAUGAUUGUGAACCAUCUCAGCGUGAACCUCAAGAAGAGACCGAAAAGCCUUUGCCUGAGAUUCAAAAUGCCUUGCAAGGCCAAGGUAAAGAUCCUCCCAAAACCCAGACAACGGCGAAACCUUAUGUGCAUUCAAUUGAUCCCAUCACUCCCGUUAAACGACCCUUGGUGGCGUCGUCCAUUUCUCAGAAACCUCCAAAGCAACGAUCAAGGCGAUGUCCAAGCCCUACCGAAGAAGUACUAGAGUCUCCUCAAUCGCCUGUGUCGUCCUCCAUCAACAUGUUCAUCAAUUCAGCUCCUCCAAGAUCACCAACAAAGACUAAACAACUUCCGAACAACGUCAAAAUCACUUCUGAUGGUACCUCUUUUCUGAAGUCGCGAAAAUCAUCAAUGCGACACGCGGAUGAGGUUAUGGCAUCGGUGUCAUCUCCGCACCUCCCAACAAGCGCUAAGAAAUUCCCACCGUUGGAUAGUCCUGUCAAGAGACGACGUACAACGCCUUUUUUCAAAACUUCAACACCAGUUGCUGCUCAGCUGGCCGAACGUAUACAACUCGCUGAGAAAAUCUCAAAGUCGAACUCAGAACUAGUAUCACCGGCGUACCCAGGGAGAAAGCUGAAACUCAAGAAUCGUCAUUUGCGGAUGGUUGGGAAGGAGCAACUUCAAGAGUGGCACGCUCAGCGAUGGAGGGAGUACGAUGAAAAGCUGAGAGAACUCGCAGAGAGUGAAGUGGUGCAACAGCUAGACCACGAUAGGAUUGAGAGGAUAAAGAGGCGCAUCCAGGAUGCGCUGAAGAAGAACGAGAGGGUGUCAAUGGCACUCCCAAUACUUAUGUGUACGGCAACAGAAAGUCAGCUGGAGGACAUGGAUCCUCGAUACAUGUUCUGAGCGGCCUGUUGCCGGCUUAAUUGUAACAGGUGAUUGAGACGUGGAUACAUUAUUGUUAAUACAG